GCUGCGGUGAAGCUGUGGUUUGGCGUUGUUCGGUGGGGGUUGUCCAAGCCAGGCCGGUGUCGAAUUAAUUUCCCAACCACAAUUGGAUGCCAAUAAUACUAGAAUUUUGUUGUUUAAUUCUUCGCUGAAGGUGGCACACGCUGAGGGAAGCCAACAAAUGAAUUAUAUUUUGAAUUGUUGAUUAAUAUUGUGUUGUCUCGUUUUUUUGUUUGGUUUUGCAGAUGAACAUGAAAGCAAUACACUGCUCGCUGAUGGCGGCGCUGGCGCUGAAGCUCGCCGGACUGUGCUUUAGCUGCAAAAUAUCGGAGUAUCCUUGCAAGGGUGGAGCGUUUUGUGUGCCACUGGAUAAGUUCUGUGACGGAAAGGACGACUGUGGAGAUGGCAGUGAUGAACCGAAAAUGUGUACAGUUUGCAACCGAACGUACUACGGCGACAUAGGGCGAACGUAUUCAUUAACGGUACCGCCACCUCAAUGGAACCGACUGCCAUUCCUGUGCCAUCUGACGUUCACGGCUUCCGGAAACGAGCAGGGCGAUAUAGUGCAGAUUAUCUUCGAUAAGUUCACCGUUGGCCGUUUCGACGAGGGUCUUAUCGACCCGGACGCGGACUCAAACGAUGCAGGCCUGACUAGUGGCGGUGAUCUUCCCGGCUGUCCUGAAGGCUUCAUGCAGCUCAGCGAACUGGGUCGCCCGUUUACCGGUGGCUCCUGGUGCGGCAAGGCGUCCGGCCAUCAGCUCUACUUUAGCGAAACGGCAACGGUGACAGCAUCUGUCAAGGUAUUCCAGGCACCGGGAAUUCUGGCCGUGACGCCGUUCGAGUUUCGCAUCCGGUACAAAUUCAUAAGUCAAUCAGACGCCAUUGUCAGAUACGGAGCCCCGAAUGAGCUGCUGGAGCUGGGGAAGGUCACCCCUGGGACGUAUUGUACAAGGCAGUACGACGAAUGCUAUCGGAAGCGUUGUCGGCUGCAAAGUCCGAACUAUCCGGGAAUGUAUCCGCGGAACGUGACCUGCUACUGGACGAUUAAGCAGAAAGUGGUACCAACGUGUAAGCAUGCGAUGGUGGCCAUCAGUCAGGAGAAUGAACACAAAGCGCUAGUUAAAAGGUCCAUUGCCAGUCUCAACAAGACCUCCCGAGCGGUUCGGGCGUGGUCCGACUGCACCGGCGAACGGGAUCACCUCAUAUUCUACGACGGAAGCACAACCAACGACCCGGUUCUGGCCAAGUACUGCGGAGGUGAUUGGCUACCGAAGGUUGUGUCCAGGGGUCCCGAGAUGUUGAUUGCGUUCCAUUCGAGUCCGUUUUCGGCACCACUACAGUCCGGUCAGUCCAAUCGGGGGUUCGAGCUGGACGUGGACAUCCUCUUUGCCGACUCAGACUCGUACGACUUUGCCCAGGGUAAUCGGUGCGAGUUCCACAUCAAUGCGUCCAGCCCAGACGAGGUUUUGUUCUCACGACGCGGCCGAAUGGGCCACCUCUUGAGCCCACGCCACACACUGCCACCCAAUACGACGUGCACAUAUUUCUUCCACGGCAUCCCUUCGGAUCUGGUAUGGAUUUCCUUCACGAGCUAUCAUCUCCAGGUAUUGCAGCCGAGCGUGAGCAGCGAUAACGUAACUAUCGGCAAGAGUGAGUCGCCUCUACCGUGGAUAACUCGGCUUCGCAUCUGGGACAGCGCCGGAACAUACGUCCCCAUCAAAACCACCUCACCGUCAUCCAUUACAAUGUCGUCGUCGACUGCUGCUCAAACGGCAGCGUCUUCCUCGCUAGCGUACGGUAGCAGUGGUGGUACCACUCCAGUAUUCGCCGGAACCAGCACCACUGCCCUCUAUCAACAGGCGAUGAACCGUUCCGUGGGAACUUACUACGGAACGUUGAAUCAGCACGGCAAAAGCCUCACCAUCAACAUCGACAACGUUUGGAAUCCCGUCGAUCAGUACAUCUACGGACCCACGGUAAACAGCAUUUUCAACCAACCCCAAGUUCCUUCACAUCCGUCACAGCAGCAUCACUCGGGCGCAAGUGCUGCCGGCUUCGGGAUGUCCAACGAGAAGGGACUGGUGUACGGCGGUGCACAACACGAUAAACCAUCCAAGGGAAAGGGAGCCAAGGAUGCGUCACGGCACGGAAAAGACAACGAGGUGUUUAAGGAACAUGGAGGAUCUGGGCGCAAGUCAUCGCGCAGCAACCGCCGGAUGGUGGCCGAGUUUUACGACAAUCAAUCGCCGAAGUUGUGUGAUCACGUUUCACUGGAAACCAAGGGAAGCCGGAUGCGCCCCUGUACGCCGCUGGAGAGCUACGUCAGCACGGGUAGUGACUUGAAAAUCGAGUUCCAUACGAUGACGGGGACUUCGCUGUUUCCGUCUAGCUUCGGAAUCAACUACGAGUUCAUCGACACGGAUCUGGGUGGUGAACCGUAUUUGGGUCACAAAGGUGAAGAAGUUCCUUUGCUGUGUUCGAGAGUGUUUCGCAAGAGAAAAGGAGAGUUUCAAUCGCCACGGAAUGCUUUUCUUCAUGGUCGGGGUGGAGCGAAGAACAUCUCCUGUUUGUACCGAUUCGAAGCUUCCGUAGGAGAAAGGGUUCGCAUCGAGUUGUACAAUGUAUCAUUCGGUGAGUCUGAAUCCUGCAUAACUGAAUCCGACGGCCACACGGGAAGAGCCCGUUGCGCUCCUUCGGAAACCAAUCUGGAUGCUCGAGUAGGCGAGCUACGGAUUUUCGACGUUCCGUACAAGGACGUCAAGAUACCGCUCGGGUGUUUCUGUGACAACACCAGCAGCUCCUACAACUCCCCGCUGACGUUUAUCUCCAACUCUCGCACACUGGAAUUGACUUUUGUGGUGACAAAGUUGAACAUAUCCGAAGACUUCGCCGAUAUCUAUUUCCACGCUUCUUAUGAUUUUAUACGAGUUCCCGAGUGUCGGAAGCGGUUGUUCCUGCGGGGAUCAGGCGGGGAAGAUGAAGUCAGUUAUCCGCUGCGAACGCACGAGGCAAGCUGCGACGGGCUUCCUUGGUAUAUUGAGGCCCAGCAGCAGGAUCGGAGUCUGUUUGUGCGAACGUGGGGAAGUUUAUUGCCGAUUGAACCAGUCCAGGACGAGUUUUCAAAGUGCAACACGCGCAACAGGCUAAUGGUGUACAGUGGGAAACCACUGAAACUCGUGCAGGUUAUCUGUCCAUCUGCUCCGUCCAGUAGAGCAAGUCAGUUGCACAUCUUUUCCGAAGACUGGUUAAGCAGUCAACCAUUCCUCAGUUCAGAUAGCAGGCCUGUCAACUUGGUUCUGGAGCCGAUUCACAAGGAAAGUGGCAGCAUUGCAUUUUCCUGGAUGGAGAUUCAGCAUACGAAGGCAUCGCUGAUACAGCAGUUGGAGCAACAGACCAACACAACAGGCAACGAUACCCUGCUGGAGUUUGGCCUUUUCCCGCGGGAGUCCGAGUGCGAACACCAGUGCCCGGAAAUCAACGCCUGCAUCAGCAGUGAUUUGUGGUGCAAUGGUCAGCCAAACUGUCCAUCAGGAUUCGACGAAAGCGGACAGGGAUGUGGCAGCCGACUGAUGGAGCUUCCGGGAGGCAUCUUUGCCGCCUUCGGUUGCCUUGCCGCAGCCCUGUGCGCAUGUUUCAUUUUCUGCGUCCUUGCCAUGGUCAAGAAGCGCCGGAAAUCCAACGAGAAGUUGAAGACGGCACCCAGCUCCCUGAAUGGAACCCUCUCCAAGAAGGACUACAAGAAGGAACCGCUGUUCUUCGAUCCGGACUCCUGACACGCACUUCACCCGGUCGAAUACAUCCACGUGGACCGGGAAACGACCGUGUGACAUGUUGUCUACGUCGACAUGGACGACCUGGCGUACUGUUGAACGCCCU